AGUUGUUCCGACAUAAUGUUCAAGUUUGACUUUCAAGUUGAAGCUGAUGAUACUCCGUUUUCUAUUAAAGAAGGAUUCAAUGACUCAAAAAGUCCAGCAGCGUAUGCCGACAAGGAAAGCUUUAAGGAGUGGUACGAAUCCGAAGAAAUAAAACCGUCGAAGGAAAUUUUGGAAAACAUCGAUGUUUGCAAGUUAAACGCUUUGAGCAAAGACUAUAAGGGCGUUUCGCUAUGUUAUAUGGUUUCAGGCUUUCUCUUGGAAGAUAUCAAGAAUAAUGCUGACGAUGUUACAGAUUUAAAAAAGGCUGAAGAGAAUCAUUCGGAUCUCAUACCGGCGGUAUAUGAAGGCGGAGCCAAAAUAUGGGAAUGCACCGAAGAUCUGCUAAUGUACUUUGCCGAAAAUAUCCCCACCCUGGAAUGGAAUGAUAAAUAUGUAUUGGAUUUAGGCUGUGGUUCUGGACUUCUCGGCAUAUAUGCCUUCAACAAUGGAUCUAAUGUUACUUUUCAUGACUAUAACAAGGAUGUACUUGAAAAGAUUACAAUACCAAAUGUGCUUUUAAAUACAAGGGAAGAAUCUGAUGAAAAUGAGGAAGACAUAUAUAAUUUUGAUAAAUUAGUAGAGAAAACUCGUUAUUUCUCAGGUGAUUGGGAAAAAUGGUGCAGUUCUCCAAUAUGUGAUCAAUUGUAUGAUGUUAUUGUUACCUCCGAAACUAUUUAUAAUCCAGAGAAUCAACAAAAGUUGCUAAAUUGCCUACAUACUAAACUAAAAGCGGACGGAAAGAUUUAUGUGGCAGCUAAGACGUACUAUUUUGGAGUAGGAGGAGGACUGCGUCAAUUUGAGCAGUUAAUUGAAAAGGACAAACGAUUUACAUUCAAAUCGCUAUGGUUAUCAACGGAAGGUGUAAAUAGAGAAAUAAUAGAAUUAAGAAAAAUUAAUUAAUACAAAAUAGAUGGAUACAUUGAAGUCUAUUAGUA